UUAGAUUUGGUAGAAUAGAAACCACUUGAUAUAUCGCGUUGUGACCGGUAGCGUUGGACUACGGAAGUUAUACUCAAGUAUUGGAUGAAUUAUUAAUGUAGUUUUACGCUGUGCUGUGAAUAGUUGCUAAUAUUUUAACCAUCGGAACUGAUCGGGUACUGUGUUCGAAAUCCUGGGAUACUAGUUCGUGUUCGUGUUUCAAAUUAACGGAUUAUUCACUGUACUGAACGUUUGAAUAUUAAAAGGGCAUAAAUGUACUCGCCCGUGUCAGGUUUAGACGACAGUAAAAACUGGACGGACGCAGAUCUAAGUCGCGAAAAAGCUCGGACUUUGGUGGGUUCGAUUGUGUAUCUAGUGCUUAUUAUGAUCAUCGGCGUAAUUGGUAAUAUUCUGGUGUUAAUAAUAUUUUAUUUUCGAUUUACAUCUUCGACGCAUAGAUGUUUUAUUCUCACGCUCGCCAUUUAUGACCUUCUGGCCUGCGCUGUUGGAGCCCCUUGGAUUAUAUCGGAGUCAUUCUUUGCCUUUCACUACCAUGACGCAAUCUCGUGCAAAAUAUUCCGGUUUGUCCUCUAUUACACGUGCGUCGCAUCGAGUCUUACCCUGGUUUUGAUUGCUAUAGAAAGAUGCCGCAAAAUCUGCACGCCAUUUAAAACCCAGUUUACGGUCCCGAUGGCGAAGCGGGCUAUAUACGUGGUGGUUUUCGGCAUAUCGUCUAUAUCGUCUAGUCCGGCGCUUGUGCUGUAUGGAAACAAAACUAUUUCAACUGGUUAUAAAAACGCCACAGGAACAAAGUGUUUUAUCACCGACCAUUUCAGCGAGACCGAAUGGCCGAAAUACUUCAACGUAUACCUCCUAGCCUUAGCUUUCCUUUCCACGGCGAUUAUGGCGGUGAGCUAUAUACGAAUCGCCAGAACAGUGUCGAAGAUGGGCAAAGACCGUAUCACCAAGCGCAUUAAAAAGAAGGAAACCGAACAGUGUAACAGUAGGACGGACCAUUCCCUCGAGAAAAGCGAUGACGAUAUUAUUGAAAGCGAUUCUCAGUUCCCGCCCCAAAAUGGCGCACAACUGCAGCCGCCCCGUGCAUCACGUGCUAUGGAAUUAAGAGGACAACUCAUUGUUCAAAACAGCAUUGACUCAAACACGAGCGACGGAAGCAAGAAAUCGAAAUCUCGGCUUCGGGAGAAAUCGUCCAAAUGGGCGAGCAAGGUGAUGAAGCGUUUAUCGUCUUCGACGUCAUCAGGACGUCAGACGUUACGCAUAACGAAGAUGUUGACGUUCGUUACCAUCGCGUUCGUGAUCAGUUAUCUCCCGCACUUGACCCUGAUGUUGUGGAGCAUGUUUGUAAGCAAGGAGGACGAGGACACCUUGCCCAAGGACAAUUUGUAUCAGAUUGUGUUCUAUUCAUUCCUUCUUAACAAUCUCGUCAACCCUUUUAUUUACGCGACCAUGGACGAGAAAUUUAAGACAGAGUUAAAAAAGAUAUUAAAAUGCGAGUGCUAAUUACUAUAUGAGUCGCGUUUUGAAUAAACAGGACAUAAUGCAUGUGCGUAAAGUGUCGUCCCAGAUUAGCCUGUGCAGUCCGCACAGGCUAAUCAGGGACGACACUUUUCGCUUUUAUGACAUUUUUCGUUCAAAUGAAGUCUCUUCUUAGAAAAAAUCCAAUUUAGUCGGAAAGUGUCGUCCCUGAUUAGCCUGUGCGGACUGCACAGUCUAAUCUGGGACGACACUUUACGCACAUGCAUUUAACCCAGUUUUCUCAGAACGCGACUCAUAUUUCAAUACAGUAAUACACGUACUUAUUUAACAAGUGUUGUGGUGCGCAUUUGCUUUCAUAGACCUGACCACAGUUUCAAAUUUUUAAGUCAUCGCAUUUUCUCAAACUAUAAAUUUUAUUAAAAAACGAAUAAGUACAGCACUGCAUCGCGCGAAAUAUUAUAAUUAUUAUUGUCAUAUUAAUCAUAAUACAUGUAUAACAAUAUAACAUGUAUACACAUAUAUUUAAUACAUUUUGCUUACAGUGUUAUUGCCAGUUCAAACGGUCACCCUUGAUAAUUAAUUGAUUAAAAUACAUUUUGCUUACAGGUUAUUGUCAGUUGAAAAGGUUACCCAUACUAAGCGUGUGAAACGCGUUACAAUAAAAAAGAUUAUAUUGCGGCUCAACCUAUUUUAAGUUUUAUAUACACAUUCAUAUAUUAUUUUCAUUCUGAUAUUUCUCUCAGAUAUCGCUCAGAGAUAUGUUUCAGAUUCUAUAUAUAAACUUUCAGCAAUCUAAAGUGGAGACAUUUUUUAUUAUUUGGUUAUAACUAGAAUUUCAUUUAUAUUUCAAAUGCGUUGUAUUCAUUUGUAUGCGUUUUUUUAGUAGUUUUAAGUUUUUUUAUGUAUUGCUAGUUAAAAAGUUUGUUUUGUUGUUUAUGUUUUUAAUGUGUAGACGCUUAUUUACUUUUUUAAAAUGUUCUUAAUAAAAAACAUCCGUGAACGAGUCACUUAAAACAUAAUACCCACGCAGUAACGAAACAGUUAGAUUCAUGAUAAGAUAAAUGUUUGAUGUCCUUAAGACAUUGUAUUUUGUAUCUUUUGUCAAUGUCAAUAGAACGGCGUGCUGUCCAUAGAUGAUAUACUUAGAUUAAGUCUUAAAUAACAAAAGGGAGAUUUAUGUUCUCUUUCUUAAGUACACGAUAUGCGGAUGAUCAAAUUCGAAAGCACUAGGUUUAAUAUGUGGGUAUAUGUUAACGUGUAUUAUUCAAGAGGGCAAGAUUCUUAAUUCAAAUAAUUUAUUGCGGCGAAUGGGGGAAUCUGAGCGAACUGAUAAACAAACGCGGUACUUUACAACAAACAGACCUUUUUAGUAGAUUUAUUUACUUGGAAUCGCAGAUAUAAGGCGGUUAAAAGAAACAAAUCUAUUUCCAAGGAAACACAAACGAUCUCUGUAAUUGGGGUGCAUUACGCCAUUAAAACAUUUACCAGUUAUAUCUUGUGUUGGAAACGAAAGAGCGGAAUAAAACAGAAAUUACGAAAAACACGUACUGUAUUUUAACAUUUUUCCCUUUGCCUAUUUUAAUUACAUGUUAUCGCACGCAUGUAUGCACACUCGUGAGUAAGGUAUUUUAUAUCCGUCCAUACGGAUUUAUUUAGUUUAGUUUAAACCUAUUUAUUUUAGCUCGAUUGCAUAGAAAGUAAUUCCUACUUAUUUGAAAUGCUCUCGAGUCCGUUUCCUGAGCCUAGAACCAGUACUUGGUGUCUAUAUGGGAGAUCGAAAGAACGCUCCCACAGCGGGGAUCGAACCCGUGACCUCCCGGUCGCUAGGCGG